UCUUUAUCCCUUCCAUCUUGGAAGAUGGCAAGAAGAAUAAGACUGAGACAGAAGAUAUCUGGAUUCUAUCGAUACCUCUUCCACACACUCCCUGUACGACCUUGGCUAGGAAUCAAACAAUGCUGCUGCUUCCAAUAUUCAACACUUUUGUGUUGGUGUUAAUUCUGGUGACAACUUCCAACUCAAAUCCUGCUCAAGUUGUCCAAAAAUGGGAUCAGAAUGCAUGUACACUUGUUGUGUGUGGACCUGCUCAGAACGGACUACCAGGAAGUGAUGGAAAAGAUGGUGCUAAUGGGGAAAAGGGAGAUCCAGGAUUAAGAGGGAUACCAGGUCUUCCAGGAAAGGAUGGAUCCCCUGGACCAAAAGGAGACAGAGGUGCAGAAGGACCAAAAGGAGAUUGUGGAGGCACAGAAUGUGAGCUUUUAAAAACUGAAAUAAGUGAUUUGCAAGAACAACUGAAGACCCUGAAAGCUACUGUCAGCAAAAUCCAAAAAGCUUGGAUUUUCAUAAACGGCAAUAGUGCCAGUGAAAAAACCUUUGUAGCCAAUGGCUCUGAAGGUGACUUUGAGACCUCAAAAGCCACAUGUUCCCAAGCUGGUGGCCUGAUUGCUUCUCCAAGGAAUUCUGCAGAGAACAGUGCCAUACAACAAAUAGUAGUUCGUCAUAACAAAGCAGCAUAUAUUGGAAUAAACGAUAUACAAACAGAAGGUUCAUUUAAGUAUCUAAGUGGUGAAGCAAUAGGAUACUCAAACUGGGCUGCAAGAGAACCAAAUAAUCUUGGUGGAAUUGAAGACUGUGUAGAAGUAUAUUCAGAUGGCAGAUGGAAUGACAUAUCCUGUAAUGAAAAACAAUUAAUAAUCUGUGAAUUUUAAUCUCCCUGACCUUGUAGUUUUAAUUAAAAUCAAUCAGUUGUGCAAGUUGACUUGCAGCUUUAAAAAUUAUAAAAAUAACUCUGGGUUUAGCAGGCCAAUGCUCAAACCACUGAGCUAUCCCUCCCUUGUUGAUUUACA